UACUUCACCUCUUAACUUCUCUCUCUAUUUAUUUUAUCUUCUUUUUCAUCAGUUUUCCUCUCCAACAACUAAACACACUCUUUCCGGUGAACAUGGAGGCGUCCAGUGAUCCGGCGACCACGAAGGAGAAGCAGAAGGCGACACCGAAGGUGUCACUUCUUAAGCUCUUCUCCUUUGCUGAUUUCUACGAUUGCGUUCUGAUGACUCUAGGAUCAAUCGGCGCGUGCAUUCACGGAGCCUCCGUUCCGGUCUUUUUCAUAUUCUUUGGCAAACUCAUCAACAUUAUUGGUCUAGCUUAUCUCUAUCCACACCUUGCCUCUCACAAAGUAGCCAAGUACUCGUUGGAUUUUGUAUAUCUGAGUGUGGCUAUACUAUUCUCUUCAUGGUUAGAGGUUGCAUGUUGGAUGCAUACGGGAGAGAGGCAGGCGGCAAAAAUGAGGAGAGCUUAUCUACGGUCAAUGUUAAGUCAAGACAUAAGCUUAUUUGAUACCGAAGCUUCAACUGGAGAAGUCAUAUCAGCCAUCACCUCCGACAUUCUCGUCGUCCAAGACGCCCUCUCAGAGAAGGUAGGGAAUUUCUUGCACUAUAUAAGCCGGUUCAUAGCCGGUUUUGCAAUCGGAUUCUCGAGCGUAUGGCAAAUAAGUCUUGUCACUCUAUCCAUAGUCCCUCUCAUUGCUCUAGCUGGCGGCAUCUACGCGUUCGUGGCCAUCGGACUUAUCGCCCGAGUCCGAAAAUCAUACAUCAAGGCCGGUGAAAUUGCGGAAGAGGUGAUCGGUAAUGUGAGGACCGUGCAAGCAUUCACGGGUGAAGAAAGGGCGGUGAAACUAUACCGAGAAGCUCUCCAGAACACGUUCAAGUACGGGAGAAAAGCUGGUUUAACCAAAGGACUAGGUCUUGGUUCCUUACACUGUGUCUUGUUUCUAUCAUGGGCUUUGCUCGUCUGGUUCACAAGCGUUGUGGUCCACAAGGAUAUCGCAGAUGGUGGCAAAUCAUUCACUACAAUGCUCAAUGUUGUCAUUGCUGGCCUGUCUCUUGGACAAGCAGCGCCGGAUAUUUCCGCGUUUGUACGUGCCAAAGCUGCUGCAUAUCCAAUUUUUAAGAUGAUUGAACGUGACACGGCGGCUAAAACGAGCGCAAAAACUGGCCGUAGACUCAGCAAAGUAGACGGACACAUACAAUUCAAGAACGUGACUUUUAGCUACCCAUCUCGCCCAGAUGUAUUAAUCUUCGACAAGCUAAACCUAUCCAUCGCUGCCGGGAAAAUCGUGGCACUCGUUGGAGGAAGCGGGUCAGGGAAGAGCACGGUCAUAUCCUUGAUAGAGCGGUUCUACGAGCCAAACUCUGGAGCCGUGUGGCUAGACGGAAACGAUAUUAAAGAUCUUGAUAUAAAGUGGUUAAGGGGACAGAUUGGUUUGGUUAAUCAAGAACCAGCUCUGUUUGCUACAACGAUUCGUGAGAACAUUAUGUACGGUAAAGAUGACGCGACGAAUGAGGAGCUUGCCCGUGCUGCAAAGCUCUCGGAAGCUAUUUCGUUUAUCAACAACCUCCCUGAAGGGUUUGAGACCCAGGUUGGAGAGAGGGGAAUUCAACUUUCCGGUGGACAGAAACAGAGGAUUGCGAUAUCAAGAGCAAUCGUGAAGAAUCCAUCGAUACUUUUACUCGACGAGGCGACAAGUGCUCUAGAUGCAGAGUCAGAGAAGAGUGUUCAAGAAGCGUUGGAUAGAGUGAUGGUUGGAAGAACAACCGUGGUUGUGGCUCACAGACUCUCAACGGUAAGAAAUGCAGACAUCAUAGCGGUUGUUCAUGAAGGGAAGAUUGUAGAGUUUGGAAACCACGAGAACCUCAUAUCUAAUCCGGACGGGGCCUACUCUGCUCUCCUUCGUCUCCAAGAAACUGCCUCAUUGCAGCGUAACCCUUCCUUGAUUCGCACGCUAAGCAGGCAACAGAGUAUGAAGUAUUCAGGGGAUCUAUCAAGAACAAGAACGAGCUUCUGCUCAGAUAGGGACUCAGUAACUCGACAGGACGGCGCAGAGCCAUCCAAAAAGACUAAAGUGACAGUUGGACGUCUUUAUUCUAUGAUCCGACCGGACUGGAUGUACGGACUUUGUGGCACAAUAUGUGCCUUUAUUGCUGGAUCUCAGAUGCCUCUUUUCGCCCUUGGAGUCUCACACUCCUUAGUUUCAUACUACGAGAAGGAUUGGGUGGACACCCAAAAAGAAGUCAAGAAGGUCGCCAUCCUCUUCUGCUGCGCUUCAGCCAUCACUCUCAUUGUCUACACCAUCGAGCAUAUCUGCUUUGGUACUAUGGGCGAGCGUCUCACUCUCCGUGUCCGUGAAAAGAUGUUCUCAGCGAUCUUGAAGAAUGAAAUCGGGUGGUUUGAUGAGGUGGACAACACGAGCUCGAUGUUGGCGUCGCGGCUAGAGAGUGACGCCACUUUGCUUAAAACCAUAGUGGUCGAUAGGUCAACCAUUCUACUUCAGAACUUAGGUCUCGUUGUGACAUCUUUCGUCAUUUCCUUCAUGCUCAACUGGCGUCUUACUCUUGUCGUAGUGGCCACAUACCCAUUGGUUAUAAGUGGCCAUAUAAGCGAGAAACUUUUCAUGCAAGGCUAUGGAGGGAACUUGAGCAAAGCGUACUUAAAGGCCAACAUGUUGGCCGGAGAGUCUGUUAGCAACAUCCGAACCGUCGCUGCCUUCUGUGCCGAGGAUAAGAUCUUAGAACUGUAUUCAAGAGAGCUAUUAGAACCCUCCAAACGUUCUUUCAGACGUGGACAAACAGCUGGUCUUUUGUACGGCAUCUCUCAGUUCUUCAUUUUCUCCUCCUAUGGACUCGCUCUCUGGUACGGGUCAACGUUGAUGGAUAAAGGACUAUCGAAUUUCAAAUCGGUGAUGAAAACGUUCAUGGUUUUGAUCGUGACGGCUUUAGCGAUGGGUGAGACAUUGGCUCUAGCUCCGGAUCUGCUGAAAGGAAACCAGAUGGUCGCGUCUGUGUUCGAAAUCUUGGACCGGAAGACUCGGAUUGUUGGAGAAACAAGCGAGGAGCUGAGUAAUGUGGAAGGCACGAUUGAGCUCAAAGGCGUCCACUUUAGCUACCCUUCAAGACCGGAUGUUGUGAUUUUUAAGGACUUUGAUCUGGUAGUUCGUUCCGGAAAGAGCAUGGCGCUCGUCGGACAGAGUGGCUCCGGGAAAAGUUCGGUCAUUUCACUCAUUCUCCGGUUCUAUGACCCGACCGCAGGAAAAGUCAUGAUAGAGGGAAAAGACAUUAAGAAACUAGACUUGAAAGCACUGAGGAAACACAUUGGUCUGGUUCAACAAGAACCAGCACUUUUCGCGACCACAAUAUACGAGAACAUUUUGUACGGAAACGAAGGAGCUACUCAAUCUGAAGUCAUCGAAGCAGCUACUCUCGCAAACGCUCACAGCUUCAUCACCUCUCUGCCACAAGGCUACUCUACCAAAGUAGGUGAACGCGGCGUUCAGAUGUCAGGCGGUCAGAGACAGAGGAUCGCUAUCGCUAGAGCCAUCCUCAGGAAUCCUGAGAUUCUGCUCCUUGACGAAGCCACAAGCGCUUUGGACAUUGAAUCCGAACGUGUGGUACAACAAGCACUGGAUCGGUUAAUGACAAACCGGACAACGGUGGUGGUUGCUCACCGGUUAUCGACGAUCCAGAACGCGGACACGAUAAGUGUGCUACAUGGAGGCAAGAUCGUAGAGCAAGGCAGCCACCAUAGGCUCGUUCUGAACAAGACGGGUCCUUAUUUUAAACUCAUCAGCCUUCAGCAGCAACAACAUCCUUAAAUACUAUAUAGAUAAUUGUUUUAAACUUUUAAUUUGUUAUUGUGGAAAAUAUUGAUCAUCAUACCUAUAUAUUUACCCGAUGUGAUUAUAUUAAUCAUCUUGAUUUACAAAUUAGUAAAAAAAUUCUAAACCAGCAAUAUGUAUUUCUUUUCAAAUGAAAUAUUUUGAAAUAUUUUGUUUUUUUCUUUAUUUAUUUGUUCAAAAGGAGUCAUCUCAGCUUUUCUUAUAAACUCUCUCUUUAUCA